UUUUUUUCAUAAUCUUUUAUAUACAUUUGAAUUUGGCGCCUUGGGUAAAUUAUUUGUCACUGAAGGUUGGUGCCCUUGUUACUCGAUUGCUCUUCAUCUCUGUUACCAAAUUUCUGACAUUUGUCUAGAAAUUCUGAAGUAGAAUUUGCAGGCGUUUUAAAAUAUAAUACCACAAUGAAUUCCAUCAGGUUCAUGCAACGAGUCUCCCAGCUGGCUCAAAGCAACACCCGCCAAAUUACUCAGUCAGCAGUCAGGGCAUCAGGAGAAGUCCAUCCAGGAUACAAAAAAAUCAAGGCCAUUCAAGAAAAAUUCCAAGUUGAUAAUGGUCUGCCUGUCCACCUAAAAGGAGGUCCACUGGACAAAUUCUUAUACCAACUCACAAUGGGACUUUGCCUCAUCUCCAUUGGAGUUGGUGCCAAGUUGAUCUAUGAAUUGUCUUUCCCCAAAAAGAAUUAAAAAUAUUUUAAAUUUAGUAGAACACAUGAACAUGGAUAUUUCUUAGUAUGAAAGUGUAUUUAAGAUAUAAAAUGUAAUUCUAAUACAAAUAAAUGAAAGAAGUAUCAACAGAA